UUAAGUAAUUCCAUUUGGAUUUGUUCGACUUAAUUGUUAUCAACAUUUCGCAGUUUUAAAUUUCUUUUAUUAUACUCUUUCUAAAAAAAAAAUUGUAAAGAUUAAUGAUUUUGUCUGUGAAGUAGUAGUACACACUCAUGGCCUCAUCUUCUCUGCAUCAUUGACUCUUUUUUUUUGGGUCUCUGAGAUUCUUCUUUGAAACUGAGUUUUAGAUGGGUAUUUUCUCAGUACAUAAAAAAGGUUCCCUUUUAUGGAAAUGGGAUCCGCUUUUUCACAUCUCAUCAUAAAUAACAAUAAUGAUAAUAAUAAUAAUAAUUAUUAUUAUUAUUAUUGGUUAUUAGUUACUAGAUCCCUCUGUAAAAAGUGGAACCCAUGGAGGUCAUGAUUUCCACUACAUGCUCUUGUCUCAUAUGCACAAAAACACCUUAAUUAAACAAUUUGGUUUGUCCUGGGGUUUUGGUUAGUGUAGCUUAUGUACAGAUAAGAAGAUAUAUAUGAUUAUGUUCUGAUUUCAUAGAAUCCUGACUAAAAAAGAAGAGAAGAGGUUAGUAAGGAUAUGGAAGGGGACACAUUUUCAGGUCUUGGUAAUGGUACUCAGAUAGACAGCAAGAUCUUGCAGACUUUUCAGAAGAAUUUUGUUCAGGUUCAACAUAUUUUGGAUCAAAAUAGGUUGCUUAUCAAUGAGAUAAAUCAGAAUCAUGAAUCCAAGAUCCCUGAUAACCUUAGCAGAAAUGUGGGUCUAAUAAGGGAGCUCAACAACAAUAUAAGAAGAGUUGUUGACCUUUAUGCUGAUCUUUCCAGUUCCUUCACCAAAUCCAUUGAAGCUUCCUCUGAAGGGGAUUCUAGUGGGGUUUUGAAAUCUGAUGGCAAAGCUGGCCAUAAGAGAAACAGGCCUGCGUAGAGAGAAAACAGAAAACAAAAAUUUAAAGUUUUCUAUUCUUCAUUCUUUUCUCGGUGGGGAAAGAAGAAUUUCACAUUUGCCUUGAAGGGCAGCUGGUAGAAAAUGAUUAUUAGAUUUUGUAACUUUUUUUUUUUUUUUUAUCACUGAACUGUCUCUAGUUCUUUCUUUCCUACAUUUCUUUCGUAGAGAAAUAAUUGGUCAAAAUUUCAAAUUGUAACUGUGUAGCCUUUCAUCUAAUUGAUAUCAAGCAUGUCUGUGCUAUAUUUAGUAUU